UCAUACAAAAAAAAAAUGGAACAUCAAACAACUCCAAAGCAGAAAACAAAGGAGAAGAUCAAAGGCAACAAGACUAAGUUUGUGGGAGUUAGGCAAAGGCCUUCAGGAAAAUGGGUGGCAGAGAUCAAAGACACUACACAAAAGAUACGGAUGUGGCUCGGAACUUUUGAGACCGCAGAAGAAGCCGCUCGAGCCUACGAUGAAGCUGCCUGUCUUUUACGAGGCUCCAAUACUCGCACCAAUUUCGCAAACCAUUUUCCUAACAACUCACAACUUUCUUUGAAGAUCAGAAACCUCCUUCACCAGAAGCAGAGCAUGAAGCAACAACAACAACAACACAAACCCGUUUCUUCUUUUGCGGAUUGCAACAUCAACUACACUUCGACUGCUACUAGUCUCACCACAACCACCACCACUACCACGGCAAUGCCGCUCAAUAAUGUGUACCAACCAGAUUCAUCGGUCAUUGGGCAGCCAGAAACCGACCUCCAGCUUCCUUAUUCGUGGCCCCUUGUCUCUGGAUUCAACCAUCAGAUUCCAUUGGCUCAAGGAGGGGGAGAAACACAUGGACAUCUCAACGAUCACUACGCAACCGAUCAACAUUUGGGUCUUGCAGAAAUCGAAAGACAGAUAUCUGCGUCCCUAUAUGCAAUGAAUGGAGCUAACAGUUACUAUGACAACAUGAAUGCAGAAUAUGCAAUUUUCGAUCCUACCGAUCCCAUUUGGGAUCUCCCUUCACUCUCCCAACUCUUCUGCCCUACGUGAUUCCAAUUUACUUUUCCUGAUCAAUUCAUGUAAUUUUUGGAUCCAUGAUCCAUGAUUGUAAAGUAGAACACAUCUCUACAAUGUUCCAAUAGACAAGAUUGUACCUA